AUGGUGGCCAGUUGUGUGAGCUGUCUCUCGAUCGGAAGCCGCAAGGCUGCGAGAGAGCGCAGCGAUUCUAUCGAUAGCCCCAGGGAGGCGGCGAAGCAAGUUCGCCUUCCCGCUGACAUGAGCGACAGAAGUGUCCGUAAGAAGCCCGCGAGCAAGGGUUCUUCGCCAGGGUCCUCGACACACAGUGGUUCGACCACGCAGGACCAUGAGCUCAUCUCAACCGAGUACGACUUUGCCACCUUCCCGGCCACUGUCCACGUAAGGAACCUUCCGAUUGUCGUGUUCGAUGACGAAGUGGAUGAACAGAUGGUUUGGGACUCUGGUGUCGUUAAAGAUGGCGUGGUUCAACACGCGCCCGGACCACCAGACGUUCGGGUGAAGAACCCUGUGGUAAUGUCGAACGCCUACAGAGGCUUCGUCGUCCAGCCGCAUGAAGUAAGAUACUUGCACUACCGAGAUGUUGGCAUAAUAUUUGCUCGCCCACUUGGUGGUCGCUUCAUGCAGCCCAGUAUCGACACCGUCCUUGUCUGUCGGGCUCUAGUCGACUGCCUGGGGGAGAUGAAGCAGGUGAAGCGAGUCAUUGAUGUUGGAAGCGGCUCUGGGCUGAUAGGGAAGUUUGCAGCACAUUACGCGCAAGGAGACGGAGAAUUAGAGGUUACUCUGGUAGAUAUUGACCCCGUCGCUUUCAAGUACUACCAGAGCAAUACUUUCAAUGCGCAGAAUGUGGUUGGCGCUGCUGGUCGUUCCAUAGAUUGGAAGUUUCGUGCAGAGGAUGCGGUGGCUCUUCUCAACGACGAUGCAGCUUUUGACCUUGUCGUCUCGAAUCCGCCUUACAUCCCAACCAAAGGCGAGGCAACGAGCAGCAGUUUGUCACCUUUGUCCGGAGGCUUCUGGGAGGGGGUCGGUCUGGUCGCAUAUCUCCUGAAGCUGAUCUCCGAGAGGCCUUCGGGACCAGCACGCCUGGUGAUGAUGAUCUCUUCCCUGACGCUGAAGUCGCCUGCCAUCAUCAAUGCCCUUGAAGCUGCUGAGAAAAGAGGCUGUAAGCUCCGAGUCCUCUUGGAAAGGGAGAUCGGCUGGAAAGCCUGGUACGCCGGCCCCGCGGCCCUGGACCACCUGCUUGCAAGUCAGAAAGAACUGCGCGAUCGCCGCAAAGUGGCGGGUUGCAAGUUUUUCAUCGGGGCGACGGCACCGGGCAACAGCCGAACUGGACUUGAUGGCCGCGAUGACUUGUGGGGCUACCAUUGGCAUUUUGCCUAUGUUCUAGAAGUUCAAGCACCUCGCUGUUAA